AUGGUUUCCACCCAGAUCUCCUCGGCCACCAUCGGCUUCCCCCGCAUCGGGCCCAAUCGCGAGAUGAAAAAGGCUCUGGAGUCCUUCUGGUCGGGCAAGUCCACCGCCGACGACCUGCGCACCGUCGCUGAGCAGACCGAGCGGGUGGCCUGGCUGUCCCAGAAGGAUGCUGGCCUGGACCUGGUGGCCCUGGACUCCACUUACUACGACCAGAUCCUGGACUUCAUCACCUACCUGGGCCUCAUCCCCAAGCGCUUCCAGCACCUGGAGCCGGGCUUCGCUCAGUACUUUGCCAUGGCGCGUGGUGUGCACGGUGCCCACGCGCUGGACAUGCAGAAGUUCUUCGACACCAACUACCACUACAUGGUGCCGGAGCUGGAGGCCAGCCCCGCGGUCGAGGCAGACUGGUCCGGCCUGCUGGCCAAGGUGGAGCGUGGGCAGGCGGUGCUGGGGUCUGAUGUGGCGGUGCCCAUCCUGAUCGGGCCCAUCACCCUGGUGUCCCUGGCGCGCUACCCCGAGGGCACCGACGCCUCGGCCCUGGUCGGGGCGCUGCUGCCCGCCUACGUGGAGGUCUUGGGGCGGCUCAAGGCGCUGGGUGUGCCGGAGGUCCAGAUGCACGAGCCUGUGCUGGCCCUGGGGACAGCCAAUGAGCUGCAGGCCGAUUUCGAAUCCAGCUACAGCCAGCUGGCGGGCGUGGGGGUGCCACUCAACCUGGUGGUCUACUACGACGAUGUGGAGGAGGACGUCUACUCCUGGCUGGUGCGCCUGCCUGUGCAGGCCAUCUCCCUCGACUUCUGCGCCGUGCCCGGGGCCGCCCACGGCUGUGCCACCGCUGCCACCAUCGCCAGGCUGGGCUUCCCUGAGGACAAGCGGCUGGGCGCCGGCAUCGUGGACGGCCGCAGCAUCUGGAGGGACGAUGGCACUGCAGUGGAUCUCCUGGCCGCGCUCCGCGCAAGGCUUGGACCCAACCAGGCCAUCGUGGUGCAGAGCUCCGCGCCGCUGCUGCACCUGCCCUACGACGUGAGGGCCGAGAAGAACCUUCCGGGGGAGCUGACUGCCCGCCUGGCCUUUGCCCUGCAGAAGCUGGAGGAAAUCGUGGCCGUGGCCAAGUCUGGGAGCGGCACCGCGCCGCCCGCGCUGGAGACCUUUGGCGCCGCUUUCCCCUCCGACGAGGGCCGCUCCGGCAUCGACGCCAGCAAGUACCACCGCAGCGAGGACUACGCCACACGUCGCCCAAAGCAGCCCCAGUUCCGCCCCUUCCCCACCACCUCCAUCGGCUCCUUCCCCCAGACCGAGCAGAUCAGGCGUGCGCGGCUGCAGUACAAGCGCGGCAUCAUCUCCACGGAGCAGUACAAGGAGCAGAUCGGCGUGGAGAUCGGGUAUGCCAUCGGCCUGCAGGAUGCCCUGGACAUUGACGUGCCCGUGCACGGCGAGCCCGAGCGCUCUGACAUGGUGGAGUACUUUGGCCUGAAGCUGGACGGCUACUCCUUCACCGAGCACGGCUGGGUGCAGAGCUACGGCUCCCGUUACGUGCGCCCGCCCAUCGUGUCCGGGAACGUUACCCGCGCCGGGCCCAUGACGGUGCACGAGUAUCGCCUGGCGCAGGCGGUGACGGCGCGCCCCGUCAAGGGCAUGCUCACCGGCCCGGUGACCAUGCUCAACUGGUCCUUCCCGCGCAAGGACGUGGCACGCAGCGUGCAGGCCUUCCAGAUCGCGCUGGCCCUGCGCCAAGAGAUGGAGGACCUGGAGGGCGCGGGGUGCCGCAUCGUGCAGGUGGAUGAGCCCGCGCUGCGCGAGGGCUUGCCGCUCAAGGAGCGGCGCUGGGCGCGGUACCUGGACUGGGCGGUGGACGCCUUCAAGCUCUCCGUCGCCGGCGCCAAGCCCGAGACGCAGGUGGUGACCCACCUGUGCUACUCCUCGUUCGAGGACAUCCUGCCCGCCAUCGAUGCCAUGGACGCCGACGUGCUGACCAUCGAGAACUCGCGGUCGGACAACGAAAUGGUGCUGGCCCUGGCCAGCGCGGGGUACGCUCGCGACAUCGGACCCGGGGUCUACGACGUGCACUCCCCCGUCGUCCCCAGCGUCGAGUUCCUGGUGGACAAGCUGCGCUCCUUCUCCAGCACGGGCAUCCUGGGUGGCGACGCGCGCCGCAUCUGGGUCAACCCCGACUGCGGCCUCAAGACGCGGCGCUGGGCCGAGGUCCUGCCCAGCCUGCGCAACAUGGUGCAGGCGGCCGCCAUCCUGCGCGCCGAGGUGGAGGGCGCGGAGGGGAAGCAGCAGGGGGCGAAGGCCGCAGCCCAGCCCCAGGCCCAGGCCCAUGGCCCGCGCCACGCCUGCACCGGCUGCCACUAG